GCCGGCUGCGCAGGCGCGUGGCCGAACACGUGGCUGCUGCGGGGCCAGAAGAGCAAUGGCGGCGAGUGGCGGAGGCCGCCGCGACCCCCUGGCCCCGUCCGGGGUUCCCUGUGCUUUCUCUCCUCGGGGCCAGCACUACUUCUCGUUAGCCGGCCCUGAUGGUCACUUGCGGGUAUGGGAGACAGCCAGCAGCCGCCUUCACCAGGACUUCGUACCUUCCGCUCACCUCAGCGCCACCUGCACCUGCCUUGCUUGGGCCCCGCCGCGGACGCUGGCCAAGGAAGGUCCCCAGAGGAAAAAAAGGAAAUCUGAAGCUGUAGGAACCAGUGACCAGGUUGACCUAUUGGCCAUCGGUACAGCGGUUGGCAGCAUUUUAUUAUACAACACAGUUAAAGGAGAGUUACAGAGCAAACUAGUAAGCGGUGGACAUGACAGUAAAGUAAAUUGCAUACAGUGGCACCAAGAUAAUGAUUGUUUGUAUAGCUGUUCAGAUGAUAAACAUAUUGUGGAAUGGAAUACACAGACUUGCAGAGUAAAGUGCAAAUGGAAAGGUGACAUCAGCAGUGUCAGCGCUUUGCGCAUCAGCCCUGAUGGGAAAAUGUUGCUUUCGGCUGGUCGAACUAUCAAACUAUGGGAUUUGGAGACUAAAGAAGUCUAUAGACAUUUCACAGGCCAUGCAACAGCUGUUUCAUCACUUAUAUUCACAACUAUAAGACCACCUAAUGAAAAUCAGCCCUUUGAUGGAAUUACUGGCCUUUAUUUCUUGUCUGGAGCAGUACAUGACCGGUUACUUAACGUGUGGCAAGUUCGGUCAGAAAAUAAAGAGAAGAAUGCAGUGAUGUCUUUUACAGUUACUGAUGAACCAGUCUACAUUGACUUGACUCUGUCAGAAAACAAAGAGGAGCCUGUAAAGUUAGCUGUUGUUUGCAGAGAUGGACAAGUCCACUUAUUUGAACACAUAUUAAAUGGAUACUGCAAAAAGCCUUUGACUUCGAAUUGCACUAUUCAGAUUGCCACAUCUGGAAAAGACAAAGAAUCAACACCAACACCCAUCCCAGUUCUAGCAGCAGCUUUUUGUUCAGACAAGCAAUCUUUGCUACUUGUAUAUGGCAGUCAUUUGCAACCAGCUAUUGAAAGAGUGUCUUUGAACUCCAGAGAACCCCAUAUGUGUCUGAUAAGAGAUGUCAAUUGUUGGACUCCAAAAAUAGGAAUAGCUGUAACAAAGGUAAGAACACCAGUGAUGAACUCAGAGGCUAAAGUUUUAGGCCCUGGGAUUCCUGGACAUCGUGCAGCCAUCAAACCUACAUUGGAGACAGAGAAAACGGAAAGCAAAAGGAGAUUAAAGGAGAAGGAGCAAGUUAGCAUUGAAGAGCGAUUGGGAGCAAUGGAUAUAGACACCACGAAAAAAGAAAGAAAAGGGGACCUGAAGGCGGACAGCUACCCUGUUCUUCUGGUGCAGGGCCUAGAAAGCAACGACUGCUAUAUGCUAAAUAAAGUACUUCAAACAAGAAAGGAUACCCUAAUAAGAAAUACAGUGUUAAGGAUUCCAGUAUAUGCUGUUAUUCCUUUAUUGAAUGAGCUUACUAAGAGGUUGCAAGGACAUCCAAAUAGUGCUGUGCUUAUGGUUCCAUGGUUAAAAUCUGUGUUAACCAUACACGCAUCUUACCUGUCAACAUUGCCUGACCUGGUACCCCAGCUAGGCAUGUUAUACCAGUUGAUGGAGAGCAGAGUCAAAACCUUAAGAAAGCUCUCUCGACUGCAUGGAAAACUCAUCCUUCUUAUUACACAGGUGGCGGCAUCUGAAAAAACUCAAGGUGUGCCUCCGCCUGAGCAAACGGCCAAACUGGUUUAUGAGGAAGAAUCUUCUGAAGAGGAGUCUGAUGAUGAAAUGAUAGCAGAUCAAAAUUCUGAUGAGAAUUGGGAGGAGGAGGAGGAGGACGAAGAAGAGAGAGAAAGCGAAAAGGAGGAAGAGGAAGAUGAUCAACAAGAAAUAGGUCAGGACACAGAAAAUGGUGAGGAGAAAGAAAUGGCUCUUGAAAAAGAAAUAAAUGGAGAUUCUGAUUUGGACCCAGAAAAUGAAAGUGAAGAAGAAUGAAGAAGAAAGGAAAAAUAGGCCAAUAGAACUAUAAACUUUGGCCCACGCUGCUGAAUGCUGCCAUGUUCUCCCGGAGAGGGCAGUCUCUGUGUUUGACCUCUGUGGCAGAAUGCAGAAGGCCCUCCCACCUUUCCAAAUUCAAAAUGGUGAUCUCACCAUGCCAGCCCCCUUGUCCUUCCCACCUCAAACUUAACUGUGUAAAUAAGAAUGUUUCUUUCAAUUGUUAAUAAACUUUACACAGUAAAUAGACACAUUUUUCUGCAACAUACUGA